AUGUCGCUCGAACGCGAUAGUGUGGGCGGAGUGCCCAGUGUGGGAGAUAUACGAGGUGUAGUGGGCCCUACAGCGGGAGGCGCUGCUGCAGACCCUCGGUCCCAAUUGCUACAGGAGAUGAGGGAGCAGAACUUUGACUUGAUCAGAUUUGCCUCAUACAGGACUGCCUGCAAGCUUCGCUAUGUACAAAAGAAAUGUAACUUACAUGUAAUAGACAUAUGGAAUGUAAUAGAGGCCUUCCGUGAGAAUGCUCUCAAUACUCUAGAGCCAACCGCUUGUGUGAAUGUGACGAGAUUGGAAACCCUUGUGUCUUCUCUAUACCACAACUUGAAUAAGAGACUGCCGCCUGCUCAUCAGGUCUCCGUCGAAGCAUGCUCCGCAUUAUUGCUGAACUGGUUGCUCUCCGCUUACAGUACUGGGGAUAACGUUGGUAAAAUUCGAGUGUUUUCAAUCAAAGUGGCUCUCGCAACUAUGUGUGCUGGCAAGCUGAUGGACAAAUUGAGAUAUAUAUUCUCUCAACUAUCGGAUGGCAAUGGUCACCUCCUGAUGAAGAGACUAUCAGACUACCUACGAGAGGUGCUCGCCCUCCCGGCCGCGGUGUACGAGUCACCCUCCUUCAGCUAUACGGACUCACUCGCACUCACUAUAUUUAAUCAGAAUGGUAAAAUCACUGUGAACGACUUCCUUGACACACUUAUGUCGGACCCCGGCCCGCCCUGCCUCGUGUGGCUACCGCUACUGCAUCGACUUGCUAGCGUUGAAAAUGUGGUCCACCCCCUAGCAUGCAGUGUCUGCCGACGCAGUUCAUUGACCGGGUUCCGGUACCGUUGUACUCGCUGCGCCAACUAUACAAUGUGCCAGGACUGUUUCUGGAGGGGCAGGGUCUCCGCCACACAUACUAACGAACAUGAGGUCAAGGAAUAUGCCGCCUAUAAAUCUCCAUCGAAGCAGAUAGGUGCGACUCUACGCAAGUCGUUCCGUUGCGUGCCGGAGCGUGCGCGUGCGCAACUGCCGCGCUACCCCGACCAACCGGAGCGGACGCUCAACCUCAGCCACAUUGUGCCACCAUCUCCAGUGCCGGCCCACAAUGGGUUCCCCGAGUACGUGGGUGGGUAUGUCAACACCGGAUCUCUGGACUCUAGGUCGUCACGGUCCACGCAUCGCAGUAUAGCAGAGCACCUAUCUCGCGGUGUUGACGACGAGCACCGCCUCAUAGCGCGGUACGCCGCUAGACUGGCACACGAGAACAGGACUAUGCCAAGAGCCGGCAGAUCAGCGUCUCUUACUCCAGAACUGGGCCGUUCAUCAUCGGAAGGUUCGGAAGUGGAUGCGGCCAGACAACAACGCGAGCUGAUCUCACAGCUCGAGGCCAAGAACAGAGAGAUCAUGAGGGAGAUUGCUAGGCUCAGACGCCAACAAGAAGCGGAAGCUACCGCAGGCGGUGGCGUGGGUUCAGCCCCGCUGGUGUCGGAGCUCCGUCUGCUCAGACAGCGCAAGGACGAGCUGGAGGGACACUUGUCCUCGCUGCAGGAGUCACGGAAACAUCUCAUGCAUCAGCUCGAAGGUCUCAUGAGGAUGCUCAAGACGCAGCAGUCAUCUCCUCGGUCGACGCCGAACUCUUCGCCGCGUUCCACUAAGAGUCCACCACUACCGGGAACGCAGCCACAACCCAGUGCGCCGGAGAGAGAGCCUCCGCCACGAGGUACAGUACGGAGUGCGCCACAAACGCCCUCGCUGGGAGAGAGGGAACGUAUCGACAUGUCACACAGUCUUGGUAUGGAAAGUAUGGGUGGCGAUGCCAGGAACUUCCAUCAAAAUCAAAGACCGACUACCAUGGGUAUAGACAACCGUAGCCUCCGAAGCGAUCUUCUGUACGCGGCGGAUUCCGUCACCAACGCUAUGUCGACGCUCGUUCGGGAACUCAACUCCGAGGGCUCCGAUACGGAAGGUACCGUAAAAGGGGACAGCAGAAAGCAAAGAGAUUUUGAGGAGGACGAUGAUAGCGACGAGCCGAUGCCUCGGCCGCAGCCGCCGCGGCACUAUCUUCAUGACAACAACGUACAGGACACGCCCCCGCCGCUGCCAGCGCGCACUGGCCAUUACUACCCGCGCACAUAA